AUGCAGGACUACCAGGAGAUCGACCUUCGCAGCUUGCUUGCUACUAUCUCGGCAAAACGGUCGCUGGUCUCCUUGCGAGCUACCGGGCACCUACUGGUGGGCGCCUGCAAGAUCUACUGCAAACAGAGCGCUUUCCUGGAGGAGGAGGCAGAUGAGGUCCGUGCUGGACUCAUGAUGGCAUUCAGCCGGCCGACAGAAGAGCCGGAGGUUGAGAUUUCCGGCCGCAUCCGCGAGGUGCGGCCAGGUGCCUUGACGCCCAUUCUUGCGGACGACCAGGCCCUGCUGGGAGGCAAGAAGCACAUCGCGCGCUUAGAGGACAUCACACUCAAAAACCAAGGCAAGGAGGACGCAGGGUCCAUCGUGGCCAGUGAUGAUCUCUUUGGUGCACUCUCCCAAACGGAGCUCCAGGAAGUCAUGCGGGCGGUUCGCAGAAAAGUUGUUCCGAAGGGUGCCUUCGAGGAGCUCGAGUCGGCGGCGACAGGCGAGCAUCACGACUUCGACACCCUUCCGCUGGUCGCGCUUUCAGAUCAGCCGAAGGCCGCCGCUGAACCGGAAGAGCCUGCCGAAGGUGAAGACGUGAUGCCUUUGGACAUGGAGCUUGCGCUCGAAGAUGAGGCACCUGCUGCUCCUGCUGCAGCCGAAACAUCAACAUCACCAGUGCCGUAUGCACAGGAAGAGGUCAUCGAUAUGGAAGACCUCAACCAAGUGGCCGGGCAGGCGGCAGUACAGCUCGUACCGUUGUCAAACCUGGCAGUGGCAAGGCAGCUGAUCAUGCUGGGUGAAGAGGAGCAGCAAGCUGUGCUUGGCUUCUUUCAAGCUCAACGGCGAGAAGAAAUUCAAACCCUGCUGGAUCAGGCGCCCGACUCGCUGGCAGUGGCUGGGGAUCCCGGGGAUGCCGGAUACGGUGGAUAUGCUGGAGAUGCCAUGCCGGUAUCUCAUGCCUACUUCGACGGGACUUUGGCACCUUUCGAAAGGCCCGCGGACGGCGAUGGCUCAGUACGAAAGAAGCGGCGCACACAGUUCGUUGCAGACGAGCUGCCGGAGAUCCCCAAAGAAACCUACAGAGGGUACAUGAAUGACCGGGACAAGAUCACGCGCAAGGGAGACCUCGACUAUCACCUGAUGCUCCCACACUACUCGCCACAUCUGCCUAACUUCACGACUACCUUCACAGACAUGUGCAAGACAUUGUGUGAAGGUAUUCUGUGGGGCUCGGAGGUUGCAGAAAAGCGGCGGCGACUAACCAAAGACGCCGAGCCGGACCGCGUCUUCGAGGCUGCAGGUGUCUUCACAGGCGCAGGCGGCGCGGGUCCAUCAGAGCCCGCACAAUUGCCCGAGGAGGUCAGCAUCCUGACCGAGGAGCAGCGCAAUAAUCUCAGCCUGUACGUGAAGCAGAAGACUGCUGACAAGCCGAACUCGCUUGCACCGUUGCUUGGGCCAGUGCUCAGCCCCGACAAAGCGGGCCUGAGGAGUCCCGGCUUCUCACCAGAGACACCUCUCGUGACGGAGACCUUGCUCCUAGAGAAUGCCCCUGGAUCCAUGAACGCCGUUGUGACGGGCAACCAAGAUGACGAGGAUCAAUCGGGCAAUCCGACAGCGCGGAUCGGGUACAGCGGCCGCACUGAGAAGAUGCACCGCUUUCUUGCCAGGGAGUUCCGAGACGCUGGCAGACCGGACCUUUCCUACGAGGACCUUUGCAGGUCUCAAACUCAAGGGCGCAGAGAACUCAUUGCUGGAUGCUUCUUCGAGCUGCUGGUGCUGAAAACCAACGGAGUGAUCAACGUGGAGCAGGAUGACCCGCUGUCUGACAUCAAGAUUGCAAAGGCAGCACAGUGGGCAAAGUGA